UUAUUCUGUUUUAUUCACUUUAAUCAACUGCUCAGGGAUUUGUGGAUCUUCCAGUAUGCAGAAAUAUUUUAAUAAUAAUAACAAUAUGAACAAUAAACAUUAAUAAAAGCUUUUUCUCCCCGAGAAAUGUCACUGCAGGGCUCCAUAAUGCUGUCGGGAAUAUAAAUACAGUCUAUUAUUAAAAGGUUAAAGUGAAGUACAGUGGUUCCUGUGAAUGUUAAGGUUCCGCGUGGUGUAAUUUAUUUCAGAACUUCCACAACAGCUGGACUGAUGCUGAAGAUUCCCGAUGAUCAAAAAAAUGUUGGGAAAUAAAUAAAGGCUUAAGGUAAGAGCGCGCGCGCGCGCUCACGCGCCUGGUCAGUACGAUUUCGGAACCGGAAAUAGAUCUGUCGCGAGAGUAAAUCAAGUUUUAGUGCAGACUGGGUCAGUGUGUCGGUGUGUUUAGUGUGCUAGUUCUGUCCUGAAGGUCAGACACACACCACCGUCCACUCCCUCCCUCCCUCCGGCGCGGUCACGUGGAUUGCGACAGUUUCGAUUACUGACGUUUGGUCAUCGGACGCCUCGCGCUGUUUACUUCUAAAGUUAACGCGUGAAUAUGAGGCACGGACUCGGAGGAAUCUCUGGACGAGUCAGAUCCGUGUUGUUCUCUGUGAUUUCCGCCGGCUGACCGAUCUACAAGUAUGAUCAUGAUUGGAGAUUUUUGGGGUGUCCGUGAAGAGAUCCUGGCUACAGAAGGUAAAGACCACUGGACCUUAACCGAACUGCGCGUUAUGUUUACUAUCGCGUUCACGCUGCACGCGGGCUGAGUCACUGGAUACGUCACUGACCCCCAGACUGCACGAGCCAGCAGACUGACCCGAUCAGCUCCUACUGAAGGUGUUUUCUAUAUUUAUAUACAUGCAGUAGGAUAAUAUACAGCUAGAAUAACAUCAUGAUCGGAUCUCCAGACCUACUGGCUUUCACAACAGAGACUGAUUUCCCGGAACAAUCCACAGAAUCUCUUGGACUUCCAGCAGAUCUGUCCAUUCCUCUUUAUCCACACUCAGAGGAUUCCUCGCCAUGGUCAUCCGGCGUUAGCUUCGAUCAGGAUUUCAUUCUCAUAGCAGAGUUUUCUGAGCAGGUGGGUCCCCAGCCGAUACUGACCAUUCCAGACGAGAACAAGGCAUGUGGCUCGUUUGACCUCAACAACUUCUCGCUCAGGAUCAUGUCGGUGGACUAUCAGACGGCGUUCGCCGGCCCUGCAGGUUGUGCACAUGCUAAACUGAACUUUGUAGAAGACUCCAAGGUGGUGCUGGGGGAUUCUAGAGAAGGAGCCUAUGCCUACGUGCACCAUUUAACGCUGUAUGACCUGGAAGCCCGGGGCUUCGUCCGACCGUUCUGCAUGGCCUACGUGUCGUCCGAAGAGGAAAAAAUCAUGCAUUGUUUUCGGGAACUGUCUGCAGAGUUCUCCAAAGCUUCUGAGUUUCUGAAGACUGGAAACAGGAAGAACUUUGCCAACGAAGUGGACAAGAAACUCUCUGACUUGGAAUAUACCAGAUUAAUACUGCUGAGGGAGAUGAACAGAGAUCGGCUAAGAAAACUACAAGUUGAAGAAAGGAAGGGAACAGAAACGACGAGUGGAGCUACAAGGGAAAAGGAAGAUAACAGUAACAGUGGAAUGCUGCUGACCACAAAAGAAGAGGAACUGAAAGAGAAAGAAAGAUGUGGACUGUCGUUUAUGGAAGCUGAUCAGAACAAAAGCAUGACAGGAACUGAUGAAAGGGGAAAUGAACCAGAAUGUGACUCGGUUGUUGUGAACAAUCACGAGGUAAAAAACAGAUCAGAUAAAGAUCAGGGAUCUGAGCAGCCCAAGGAACCAAAAGAAGGUCAAAGUGCAAGGUGUCAGUCCAUCAUAUGGGCUAAUAAAGCGGAUGAGUUGGCUCAUGUGGAAAAAGCCAUCCAGGAACACAGAAGUCUUUUAAAACAAAUCACCUCCUACCCAAACAGGAAGCUCAGAGACCCACAGUUCUUGCCAUACGACUCGGACGACACCUUUCAUUCUCUGGACUCUGAUCUGGACCCCAACACUCUGUAUUCCCAGAGCCCAGAGUCAGUGGGGGAAUGCACCGACUGGUCACAUGCACCUUCACACACUCCACAGCUGGUGAGCUUGAGCGCGUCUCGUCAGUUUGACAAGCGUCUGAAGAAUCUGGACGAGUUGUGUGACCGCUACUUCCUGCAGCAGGCACUGAAACAGCUCCGGUCGGCCGAGAGGACUUUCCGUGGUGACCGUAGCCGCCUCCUCUCACAGCAGCACACUCAAACCUUACUCCGUCACCUGAAGUCCACGAAUUUCCUGUUUGAAGAUGCGUCUGACCUGGAGGCAGAGACGGGUCAGCAGUUAUCCAGACUACGACCUCGGUCAGCACCGUUUCCUCCCGUUUCUCCACUACAGAGCGAACCUGUGAGUCUAGACUCUUACACCUCAUGUGUGGAAAUGGUUCCAAUCAGGCUUGAGCUCCACAAAAAUGGACCUGACUCUGUUCCCACCUCACCCUGUGAUGAACCUCCUCUGACACCGAACUUCUCAAACGAAGGCAACUGCAAGAAUGAGGAAGUUCCUGUGCAGAUGAAGGAUAGCAUAAGCAGUGGAGAGAGUAUUGAGGUGUUAGGAACGGAGAAGUCCUUUAGAUCUCAAGCACCCAUUUAUGCCAUGGAAACCCACGGAGUUCCGCAGAGACCAACGGCGUGUCCUGCAGCCACUUUUGAGGGACGAAGAAGGACAGUAGUCACUCGACGGGCAAACAGUGAGGAUAGCAUCGAGGUGCUUAGCACUACAGAUUCGAUCAUACCGGAUGAUCUGAGGGCCUCAUGCCCUUCUGCCAUCUAUGAGGAAACCCCAGAGCGUGAUGGAGAAGAGGAUGAUGACCGCAUGCACAGUUCUGAUGAUGUUUUGGUUCAAUGCAAAGAAAAACAGCAGAAAUGCCAGAGCUCCCCUAGCACCCCGACUAUAGUCAUAAACCCAGCAGAUCCCCACAUGAGACUGGACUUGUCCACUUUUGCUGCUCAUUCUCCUCUGAGUGACCAAGGCUCUCUCCAAGACAGACCUUUCCUAUUUACACCAGACGAGCUCUCAGACUGCACCAGUUACCGUAGCCUCGGCUCCACAGGCUCUACACUGUCUCUUGAUUUCCGUGGUGGAAAAAGUACAGCCGGGAGUCGGAGACAACGUGCCAGGACGGGACGAGCCGCUCUGAAUUUCCUGCGCCAGUUUCCGUUCGCUCUGCACGCCGUGUACAGCCUGCUGAUUGGCAGAACAGUGGUGGUACUGGGCAGUGAGGAAAGAGCGGUCAGACUGUUGGUCACAGCACUGAGCAUGUAUACUCCUCAUCUGGAGAGGUGCAGAGGAAACAUCCAGCCCUGGACAUCCAGCCCUUUGCAGAUUACUGACCUGCUCACCUGGAAACUCGUCGGCUAUAACAGAUCGGCUUUUCCAUCAUCUCCCAGCAUGCCUCCUUUCCUAGUUCGCUUCAGCCGGUACCUCAGUGUUCUGGAUGUGGACCAGAAGAUCUUACGCUGCCCGGCUUAUAAAGGUUCUCUGAUUUGUCCAUUGGUGGACGCGAGGACUCACAGCAUGCGUGGCACCACCUACUUCCUGUAUGUACAGAGUAUAAUGAGCCAGCUUGUGUCCAGAGCGUUCUUUUUAACAUUCUCUCACGAGCUCCGGCGUCCGGGUGACCCGAGCAUGGCGGUCAGGCCCGAGCACGUCUUCGGAGGUUUCCAUAACGAUGAUCUGAAGAUCCUCCGCUAUCUUUCGGAUCUCAUCACGCAGCACGUGACAGGAACCGCGCCUGUGGUCCUGCGAUUCAGCUACACCGCUAGCACAGUUUUCAAAAUCUGACACUGAAAAAGACUAAACACUGUUACCGCUGCUAACCUAGCUUAGCAAAGUUAUUUGAAGUGUAUUUAUUUAUUACUUUUUAGACUGUUGAACCUCAAUAAUGCAAAAAAACAAAACAUGAAGUCCAAUCUUUAUUCUGGAUUCUGCAGGGUGUGUAGUAUUUUAUCGUGACAUUUAAAAAGUUCUAGCGGUCACCUAAUUUGUCAGUGGUCACUUUACUGCUGUUCUAAAUAAUUAGGACAGUGGUCAGAUUUGCUGGACCGUAUCCUGCCCCACUUUUUCUCAGUCCAGCGGAUCAGCACGGUAAUCUCAGUGUACGUAACAGAGCUCAGUGAAAUGACCAACAACUGUAACUGGAGUAAUCCUAAAAUCCCCAAAUCCACAGAUCCCUGUGAUUAUUUUAUUGACCGCCAGAACUGAUGGACGUGUGCACUGAUGGUGGUGUCACGUUGCAGCUUUUAUUAUACUUGAGAAUUUUUAAGGUAUUGCAUAACGUUUGGAGAGAAUUCACUGAAGAAGCGUCACACCACUCAGGGGAACUGAAAUACUACUUCAACUUGAAGAACCUGCUUGAGGUUAUUAGGAACACCUUGUACACCUGUUACUUCCUGCAAAUAUCCAAUCAGCCAAUCACAUGGCAGCAGAGCGACGCGUGAAACCAUGUGGACGUGUCUGAUGUUUCUCUGCUCGGGUUUUGGAGGCUAAUAGGAGUGCUCUGGUCUUGUAUCUGCUCCAGGCUUGGGCACAUCAUGUGAGGAGAUGCUCUUCAACUCAGCACGGCUAUAAAGAGUCGCUGUAGCCUUCUGGUCAGCUCGGUCCAGUCGACCCAUUCUCUUAUAGUCCUGUAUGUAAAAAUCCCAGGUGGAUCAGCAGUUUCUGAAACACUCAAAUCGCACAGAUCACACUUUAUUCCACCUGAAUGAGGAUUUUUUAUUGUGCUGCUGCUACGUGAUUGGCUGAUUGGAGACCUGCACUAACGAGCACAUGUACACAAGGUGUAGUGUUACUGUUAGACUGUUAGAGUGUAAAUCGUCUCAUUAAACUGAACAGAUGUUCAAUUUUAGAGAAAAUAGUGAUGACAGGAAAUACAAGCGGAUCUGUCUGUCUGUCUGCUUUUAAUCUACAUCUCAGCACAGGAAUGUUUUCCUCAUAUGUAAAUAACAGCGGUGUGUAAAGCAGGUCAGAGUGACAGUCCGAACAAAUGGGAAAGAACUUUUUUUUGUUUUUUUUAUGAAACUAUGAAAGCUUAUUUAAAUAAAAAGAGUGCCUUGUUUUUAAUGCU